AAAUUAGAAACGCUGGCGACCACCGGCGCGCCACCUCAGUCGCGACCGAGCACUCGGCGACGCGCGAAUACUCAGCGCACUCACAUUUAAAUUUAGAACUCAACCAUAGAGGAAUUUUGUUUUCUUUUGUUUUUUCAAGUGCGUCAAAUGUGUUACGAAACGUUUAUUUUGCGCCAGUGUUAAUUGACAGUGGAUGUGCAGCCCCUUUUGUGUUGUAUAAAAAAACAAGGAUUUUGAAUGCGCCUACUUCGUGUGAUGUAAAAUUGUUGUUGUCAAAGAUCAUCAGAUAUGAUCCACGUUGACGAAACAGAUCCAGUCGGAGAAAUUGAACCACCAUUCCCGUAUCGAGAUGUCACCGUUAAAAGGAAUACGGAUGUUAACGACUUUUUUGAAAUGCUCUCGGAGAUUGGCCGGGGCAAAUUCGGAACGGUCUACCUCUGCCGGGAGAAAAGCACAGGGCUGGAGUUAGCCGCGAAACUUGUGUCCGUAAAUAGGAGAGAUGAGAGACGCAAUGUGGAAAGAGAAGUGGAGGUGAUGCGCCGGCUCCGGCACCCUCGUCUGAUUCAGUUGUACGAUGCGUACGACUGGGGCAAAUAUAUGUGCGUCGUCCUCGAACUGAUAACAGGUGGGGAACUGUUCGAGCGAGUCAUUGAUGAAGACUUCGUGCUUACGGAACGAGCCUGCACAGUGUUCAUGCGUCAAAUAUGCGAGGGGAUAGAGUUUGUUCACCGGCAGAAUAUUUUGCAUCUUGACAUGAAGCCUGAGAACAUUCUAUGCCUCACAAAGUCAGGCAACCGGAUAAAGAUCAUAGACUUCGGUCUGGCUAGGUUCUACAUCCCAGAGAAGAAGCUGCAAGUACUCUUCGGCACUCCAGAGUUCGUCGCUCCAGAAGUGGUGAACUUCGACCAGAUUGGCUAUGGAACUGAUAUGUGGUCCGUCGGAGUUAUAUGUUACGUGCUCUUAUCCGGUCUGUCACCGUUCAUGGGCGAGACAGAUAUAGAAACCAUGGCCAACGUCACCGUCGCCAAAUACGACUUCGACGAUGAAGCAUUCAACGAGAUAUCAGAAGAUGCUAAAGACUUCAUACAGAAACUGCUCGUGAAAGACAAAGAGUCACGACCGAGCGCGACGGAGUGCCUGCGACACAAGUGGUUGGUGAAACGAAGCCCGGUAAAAGCGGAGCCCCAGCCGCGGCCGGAGCCCUCGCCCAAACACGAACUGGACGUCGCUAAAGACAACCUCAGGCUUUUUGUCGAACGGUGGAGCGAACACCCUAACUCGCCUUACGUCUUUGAUAACCAGGCACAUGAAAUCACAUGUCUCGCGAAUUGCGAAAGAUCAUCUAUAGGUGGAUGCUCACCCUCCCCGCGUAGCUCACUAAGCAGUUCUCCUGACAUAGUUUUUGGUGAAGAUGAUUUAGAGCCACCUCCGUUGAGAGACAAUACUUUCCUAGGUCCUAGUACAAGAUAUAAUCCGGUAGAAAGACGCGCCUCAGACAGCUCUUGCUUCUUGCACAAAAAACACGAUGUUUUAGUAAGAAAGAACUUAGCGGAGGAAAUUAAAAAACUGUCUGAUCAUUUAUUUAUGUUAUCAACAAUGAACACUGAUUUAACGAAUAAUAACAGUAUGAAAGAAGUGGACAAAAACGUGACAGAGACGAAGGAAAUCACUGAAGAAAAAUUACCUAAUGGCUUCAAGAAGGAAACCAAAUCGACUACAACAAAAACUAUGGUAAACGGAGACGCGUCGAAAAAAGAGAAAAAACUCUUCACAUCAAAGUCAACAACAAAAAUAUCUACGUCAUUCUUAACCGACAGGGAAGCAGAGAAACCUAUGACCAGCAAAAUGCCAUGGGUGAAAUCAACGCGAUCUAAAAGAAUAACCACAACGAGUAGGGACGUUCCUGAGCAGCCCGUUGAAGUACGCAAUACAUUUUUCCAAGAGUUUGAUAAAAGACGGGAAAAAAUUGACAAACUAGUAAACGGUACCGAAAACGGUAGGCAGUUACCAUACAGAAGAGGAGAUGUAAAUAAUGCGCACAGAACUAAAGAUCUCUUACUACAUCUGUUGGAGAAAUGGGGCGAAACAGAAGAAGUAGAAGCAGAGAGAACGGCCGGAGGCACCUCUAAUGGCGGCCGACAUAAAUCGAUAUCCUUAGAUCGGUCACCUUCAAAUCAACUCGCACAAAAUUCCAUAUCAAGUCUCCACGCAUUUUUCCAACGACAGACAUCAGACGAGAAAACACAAAGAAAGAAAACUGAAGUGACGAACUUAAAGUGAUUUUUACAUAAGCAAAGACGAACAGGGUUUCAGUGCCAUGACAUGACACUUUAUGUUACCAAAGUAACGGAGAUUAAAGGAAACGAAGGCAGAAAAAUGACAUUUUUAUGAAUCUAGUCUAAUUCAAAAUUCUUCAUGUUUUUUUCGGAAUGCAAGACUGAAAUGAAAUGGAUGUCGUCAACACAUUGUCAAUAGCAAUAAUUUUUGUAUUUUUUGUAUGUAAAUAAGACCAUUAAAAUCUUAGGAGACAAUAACAUUUGUUCCUUAAUUGUACUUAUAACUUAUAUGUAAUUUAUUGUUAAAAUACGUAUGUUGUUAAAAAUAUAAGGCUUUAUUAAAA